GGGAGGUUCCUCUGCUGUACACGCAAUUCAAAUGUACAAGUGCUCUGUCUCUGUUUCUUCGCAAAGACCCAGAACAAGAGAAAAUGUCGACGCUGAGCUUUCCUCCGGUUCCCACUUCCCCAAGGGACGAUGCUGUAGCACUUUACCGCGCAUUCAAGGGGUUAGGGUGCGAUACUGCAGCAGUGGUCAGCAUUCUUGCCCAUCGGGAUGCAACACAGCGUGCUCUCAUCCAACAAGAAUAUAGAACAAUGUAUUCUGAUGACCUUAUUAAACGCUUGACUUCAGAGCUUCAUGGAAAACUAGAGACAGCAGUUCUGCUCUGGAUGCAUGAUCCAGCAGGACGAGAUGCAAUAAUUCCCAGGCAGGCAUUAACAGGGACAAAGAAUUUAGAAGCUGCCACUGAAGUAUUAUGUUCUCGUACCCCAUCUCAGAUACAAAGUUUUAAACAAAUAUAUCAUUCAAAAUUUGGAGUUCCCCUUGAACAUGACAUUGAAAGAAACACCUCUGGAGAUCAUAAAAUGCUCUUGCUUGCAUAUGUAAGCACACCUCGUUAUGAAGGUCUGGAAGUUGACAGAGCGAUGACUGAGAAAGAUGCAAAGUCUCUUUUUAAAGCAGGGGAGAAGAAAUUGGGAACUGAUGAGAAGACCUUUAUCCGCAUAUUCAGUGAGCGAAGCAGGGCGCAAUUGGCUGCUAUUACUUCUGCUUACCAUCACAUGUAUGGAAGUUCACUGAAAAAGGCAGUGAAGAGUGAAACAUCGGGUAAUUUUGAAUAUGCUCUCUUGACAAUUUUACGCUGUGCAGAGAAUCCUGCAAAGUACUUUGCAAAGGUGUUGCAUAAAGCUAUGAUGGGUGCAGGAACUAAUGACACCACCCUUAUAAGGGUAAUUGUGACCAGGACUGAGAUCGAUAUGCAGUAUAUAAAAGGUGAAUACCUGAAGAAAUACAGGAAGGCAUUGAAUGAUGAAGUCCACUCAGAAACAUCAGGUCAUUACAGGACUUUUCUUCUUUCCCUUAUAGGUCCCAACCAUUAGCCAAAAGAAAGAGGUUGGCUGUUUUUUACAUGAUGUGAUUUUGAACUCUAUCAAGUUGUAAUGUCUCAAUUGUGUCUGGAUUUAAUCUUCCUGAAGUGUGUAAUAUUGUGCUGAAUGCUAUAUUGAUGCCCAGCAGGUGGAUGUGGCAGCAAUAGCCUGGGGACAAGUUUUCUUUGUGUGCAAGAAAAUUGUGUUUUAUUUUCUUUA